GAGGAGGAAGAGGCCGACCCGCGAGACCCACGUGCACCGGCCCUGCUCUGAUCAGCCGGGAGCCGCUUUCUGGGCCAUGGCGGAGCGGAUAGAGCAGCGCAUCGAGGACCGCAUCCCGGAGCUCGAGCAGCUGGAGCGGGUCGGGCUGUUCACCCGCAAAGAGAUCCGGGCAGUUAUUAAGAAGUCUUCAGCCCUUGAAUAUAAAAUACAGCGGAGAGCCCUUCACAAGGAAGAUUUUAUCAGCUACAUUCAGUAUGAAAUCAAUUUAUUGGAACUGAUCAAGAAAAGAAGAUCGCGAAUUGGCUACUCCUUUAAGAAAGAUGAGAUUGAGUACUCCAUUGUGCAGAGAAUACAUAACCUCUUCAAACGUGCCACAGCAAAAUGGAAAGAUGACCUUCAGUUGUGGUUGUCUCAUGUUGCAUUUUGCAAAAAAUGGAACAAGAAAAUCCAGCUGAGUAAAGUGUUUUCAAUGAUGUUAGCCCUUCAUCCCAAUAAACCAGCUUUGUGGAUCAUGGCUGCAAAAUGGGAAAUGGAGGUCCGUCUGUCAUCUGAAAGUGCCCGGCAGUUGUUCCUCCGUGCCUUGCGCUUCCAUCCUGAAUGCCCAAAGCUUUAUCAAGAGUAUUUUAGAAUGGAGUUGAUGCAUGCAGAAAAGCAGAGGAAAGAGAAGAAAGAAUUUGAACAAGCAAAGAUGGACUUGGGCGAGUUCAACUAUUCUGAGGAGGUGCUCAAUGGUGAAAUGGCUCGAAUUGUCUAUAAAAAUGCCAUUCAAAAAAUCAAAGGUGCAGACUUCCUUCUGUCACUGCUGUCAGUUGCAAAACUUUUUGAUUUUACCGUAGACCUCCAAAAAGAAAUUCUUGAGAACUUGCAGGCACAGUACACAAAUGAUCCUCUAGUAUGGGAUUACAUGGCCCGGAGGGAACUGGAGAUAGAAGCUCUGCCGUCAUCGGAACAUAUGUCUAAACAGUCGAAGGCAUUGGAGAUGGUGCGCAAGGAAGAACGGUGUUGCACAGUGUAUGAAGAGGCAGUCACAUCACUUCCCUCAGAGGACAUGUGGAAGUGCUACAUCAUUUUUUGUGUGGAGAGAUUUAAGCGGAAGACCAAUAGUGAAGAAUUAAGGCAAAAGAGGCUAGAAAGGCUUUUGAGCAUUUACAGUCGAGCCCAUGAAUUGCACCUGCUGCCUUCUUCCUUCUAUAAACAGUGGCUUCAGCUCUUAAUGGAGCUUGACCUCCAACAGCAGGCUGAGGAGAUAGCAACGGCAGCAACCACUCAGUUCAGUCACUUGGCAGAAAUGUGGGAAGUGAGAUUGCAGUUGCUACUGAAGUUGAACAGUGAUGGCGUGGCCUCUUGUUUCCAGGAAGCCAUUAAAGUGGUUAAUGCUAAGGACAGCUUGCCACUCUGGAUUUUAUGGGUAGAAUGGAGUGAGAGUGCCAACAGCAAGGCUGACACUGAAGCUCUCUAUCAGAAAUCUUUCCUUGCCACACUUCCAGCUGAUUCAGUAAGCAUGAAAGAGAAAUACCUUGAAUGGGCUUAUAGAACUGGUGGCUAUAAAAAAGCAAAGAAGGUCUUUAGAAGUUUACAUGAAAGCCGCCCGUUUUCCCUUGAGUUCUUCAAGAAGAUGAUUCAAAUUGAAAAGGAGCAAGAAUCUGGCAAAAUGUUCAAUAUCCGAGAAUAUUAUGAACGUGCCUUGAGGGAGUUUGGCACCACAGAACCUGAUCUUUGGCUGGAUUACAUCAGGGAAGAGCUGAACCAUCCUGAAGGCAAGCCAGAGAAUUGUGGCAAUAUUCACUGGAGAGCAAUGAAAGCUUUGCAAGGAGAACAAGUGGACACUUUUAUUUCAAAGUACACUUUGCUGCAAAUUGGACACCUGUGAGCAAUGUUGUGACUGAUGUGGAUCAGAAGAACUACAGAUCAAUAUAAAACAUUCCUUUCCCUCCCUAAA